AUGACUGCAGCGAGUGAUUGUCAUUGUUUACUAUGCAAUAAUAUGCUUGUCACCAAUGAUUUCGCUGCUAGAAGCCAAGCUGAAGAUGGUCUUCGACAUCUCCAUGAAUUCUGCCAUCUAGUUUCACCAGAAUCAUCCGAAGAUCUCUUUAAGAGCCUCAUUCAAGAGAUGUUCAAAUGGCAAUACAUGAAAAAACUCAAAGAAAAUAUUAUAACAGCGACUAGUGGAUUUUUCCCAAGUAGAUUCCAAAGAGAAUACCAAAUCUUGGAAAAAAUCGGUGAGGGAUUGAACUGUGAAGUGUAUUCCGUUCUACACCUUGUCGACAAGCAUAUAUACGCUGUAAAGAAAAUUACAAUCGAUUAUGAUCCUGAAGAAUGCGAUUCUUUGUUUAACGAGACAAAAAUCAUGGCAAAGAUCAACCACAAGAAUGUAGUUAGAUACUAUGCACCUUGGGUUGAAUUCGAUAUUUCUGAUUCGAAUAUUCUUCCGAUUGAGUACUCAGAAGACCACAAAGGCAAGAUAUCUAAGAGGAAAGGUGGUAAGAUACACUGCUCCUUCUAUAUCCAGAUGGAGCUCUGCUCAAAAAUGCCAGUUUCAAAGUUAUGUCAAUCCAUUGAACCUAUUUCAGUUUUAGCAAAGGCGAGGGAUGUAGCUGAAGGUCUAGCUUACAUACAUCAGAUGGGUAUAGUUCACAGAGACAUAAAACCAUCAAAUAUCCUCAUUGGAAUGGAUGGUGAACCAAAGAUCGCCGAUUUCGGUAUUUCCAUCAAUACAGACUCUAUCAACGAGAUAGCAAUGGAAAGUUCAACCGAACUCUACGCUUCUCCAGAACAUUACGAUUCUACAAAGAUUUCAGAUAAAAGCGACAUCUACAGCCUUGGUUUGACAAUGUUCGACUUAUUUGUCAGGCCAAAGACAAAGAUGGAGCAUAUCAAGACCAUGGUUAACCUUAGAAAGAACCGUGUUUUCCCAGACGAUUUCCCUGACAUUCCGAAACUGAAGGAACUCAUUUGCCACAUGAUCGAGGAAGAGCCAGAAGACAGACCAAGUGCGGAAGAAGUAAUCGAUUUUCUUUCAGAAAUUAUUGAUAAAUAA